UGAGAUCUGUAGAGAUACCAGACCAAAAUUUUUAGUCUCUACGGAUCUCGCUGAGAUUACACACAAGUAGGGUUCCUAACUUAAGUCAGGUUGGGACGAAUUGCCCAGAUGGGAGCCCGUUUGGUCACAUAUAACUAUCUGACUAUUUUACAUGUCAUUUUGGUGCCAUGAGUCAGUUCACUGAGCUACGUGGUUUGUACCACCUGAGAGAAACUAUUGGAUCAGGUGGAUUUGCAAAGGUGAAGUUAGCAUACCAUGCACUUACUGGAGAAAAAGUAGCCAUCAAGAUCAUGGACAAACGCUCUCUUGGAGAAGAUUUACCAAGAGUGAAAACUGAAAUUGAAGCUAUGAAGGACCUGUGUCAUCAACACAUCUGUAAACUUUACCAAGUAAUUGAAACAGAGACCAAGUUUUUCAUGAUUUUAGAGUAUUGUCCUGAGGGAGAACUAUUUGAUUACAUUGUAUCCAAGGAUAAGCUGUCAGAGGAUGAGGCUAGGAUAUUCUUUAGACAGAUUGUUUCUGCUGUAGCAUACAUACACAGUCAAGGAUAUGCCCACCGUGACCUCAAACCAGAAAACUUGUUACUAGAUGAGGAUCAGAAUUUAAAACUUAUUGACUUCGGUUUAUGUGCAAAACCUAAGGGAGGUAUGGACAGUCAGCUGUUUACCUGUUGUGGAAGUCCAGCUUAUGCUGCCCCAGAGCUUGUGUCAGGGAGGGAAUAUCUGGGAUCAGAGGCUGAUCUGUGGAGUAUGGGAAUUUUACUGUAUGCCUUACUCUGUGGCUAUCUUCCAUUUGAUGAUGAUAAAAUCCCAUCCCUGUAUAAAAAAAUUCAGAGUGGCAAAUAUGAGACACCUUCCUGGUUAUCUGAGGAAAGUAAAUCACUUAUAACCUCAAUGUUACAAGUCGACCCUAAGAAACGUGUCACGAUACGGAACCUUCUCAACCACUCCUGGCUAAUGAGUGAAGUCCAGUGCCCUGUGGAAUGGCAAAGUAAAUAUAAGAGAUGCCUUGAUGAAGACUGCAUUACAGAGUUGGCAGUGCAUUAUGGAAAGACGAAGAAAGAAAUGGAAGCAUCUGUUUCUGAGUUUAAGUUUGAUUACCUAACAGCCACCUACUUCCUCCUUCUGGAAAAGAAAAUGAAAGGGCGUCCUGUUAGACUUCUUAAUAAAAUCAGGAGCCAUGAUGGAACAAGUCGGGACAAGAGAAGUCACAGUGCAGAUGAUGCAGCUUGUUAUGAACUUGUGUAUUCACCAAGACUAGCAGCAUCAGAGAGAAUAGAAUCUCCUGUGAACCAUAGCAACAAAAAAGACCUAGGCCCCCGCCCCACUACCUAUGGGGGCUGUGAGGACAGAGGAAGAAAUAGAGCAAGAGAGAGACUUCCAUUCUCAUCAAAGGAGGAGCAGGAAAAUGAGAAAAAUUCUGCUAUUUCUAGACGAGAGAGAUCUUCUAAGAGUAAAGAUGACAAAGAAAACUUUGCUGUUCCUCUUACCCCAGGUAUAAAGACCCCAAAACCAAAAACUGCAAAGACACCUUAUCAACAGCUGCUGAUACCACCUUCCAAACCUAGGUCACCACUAAUGGCCAAACAGUUAAUACCUACAUCACUGGAUGAUACAUUAUCCCCAGGUAAAUCAGACAAUUCAGUGAUGAACACAACUCUUUCCCCAUCUCGAUCUUAUGAUUCUCAGCUCAACAGACUACCAGAACAGCUAACACCACUUAGUGCAAAUAAGAGAAAACGUGUGAUAAACUCUAACAGGGCUGCCUCCGCGGAUGGACUAGAAGGUGACUUUACCCCCAAAUCCAGGAAAGCCUCAGUGUUUGGAAGUCUGGAGAGAAUGUUUAAUAUGCUGACACCCAAAAAACAGAACAAGUCAACAUCUGACGGCCCUAGGAAAGUUAAGGCUUUACACAAUAUAUUCCGAACAAAUGAAACUAAUUCAGAGUUUGUGUUAGGAAGACUAAAAGAGGUGGUAGAGGAGAAGUGUAUACCCUACAAACAGAGCGAUUACACACUUAGAUGCACGGUGAUGAGUGACUGGUCACGCGUACAACUAGCCUUUGACCUUGAGAUCUGUACUUUACCGAAAGUUCCUUACAUAGGAAUCUGUAGAAAGAGAGUGAAAGGAGACACCUGGCAUUAUAAGAAGCUCUGUGAAGACAUAUUAGCCUCCUGUAAACUGUAAGUCUUGUUGUGGAAAUAAACUUUGGUUGUGAUUAAUCUCAGCUCUCUGCAAACGGGAAACACAGGACCCUCAGGGAAGGGACAGUGUGAGAAAAUAAAGAGAUGUCAUAACUCUGUGAUUUUAUCCUGUGAAUGCUUUCUGUAAGACGGUGCUUUAGUGAAUAUUUUAUUAAAUUUGAUCCAAAUUGUAAUUUGACGAUCACAUUUAAAACUGUUGUAAAACAAAGAUAUUUAAGGUUUUAUUAUGUUUAUGCAUCAAUGAUUAUGGGUAUUGUGAAUGAUAUUUACCUUGUUUUACUUCAAAUAAUUUUUAGUUCACCUGAGCUGUGAGUUCAAGUGACCUUUUCUGAUCACCCUUUGUCCAUCUGUCUGUCUAUCCAUCCACAUGUCUGUGAACUUUUCACAUUUUCAACUUCACAAGAAUAUCUGUGCCAAUUUCAACCAAACCAGGCACAAAGCAUCCUUUGGUAGAGGGAAUUAAAAUCAGUCAGAUGAAGGGCUUAUACUCCUUCCAAGGGGGGAGAUAACAAAGAAAAGGCAAAAAUAGGGUAGGGUCUUAGAAGAAAUGCAAGUUUCCUGACAGUGUAGAUUUAAAUUCUUCAAAUCAUGGUCUACAUGGAUAGAGUUUAGGCUAAAUUUUUAAAAUGAGGAUACAUAUGAACCACACUGGGCCAGAAAUAAUGAAACUUGUACUUAAGCUACCUGAAAUAGUGUAUAUUCUAAACUGUUCAAAUCAUGGCCCCCAUGAUUAAAGUUUUACAUACGAAUAUAUAGGGAAAAAAUUUGCUUCUCAAGAACAACAACCCUGACCUUUCCUAUGACCUUUACCUUACUAUUUUAUUUUACAUUUAGCUCAAUUUCAAAGAAACUAUUCAAUAUAUUUUAUCUUAACAAAUACAUCUUAGUGAGAAUUAUUCAACUGUGUCGUACAAAUAUCGUACACAUUAAAUAUAUUUACAGUAUCAGCUGGGUCCUUUUUUUUUUUUUAGCUUAUCCUUCCCUUUGACCUUUGACUUUUCCUAUUCAUUGUGUUUAAAUCUCAGUUUUAAAGAAACUUUUCAAGGUAUUUUCAUCAAACUUCAUACACUAAUACAAACUGGUGAGAGCUAGUCAAUUGUGUCAUAAUUUUCUGACCUUAACCUUCCCUGUGUCCUUGACCUCAGUUUUCUUCAUUUACCCUAAUCUUAAACAAAGACGAAAGACAAUUUUCUUUUAAUAAACCGUGGGUGUUGGCAUUCAUGUUCUAUAGGCUAGUUCUAGUUUUUUCUUUCAAAUGGACCCUGGUUUAGCAUGGGGCUAAAAUCAUGGAUCAAAUUUUACAUAAUGUAUGUAUACAGAAAAAAAAUUCUCAUCCAUAACAGCAGGAAAUAUGUCAUAUUGAUAAUGAAACAUCUCCAUGUUGUGUGAAUUCAGAGACCCCUUAGAGUUUGGGUGGGGCCACAAUAUGGGGUCACAACUUUUUAUUGGAAUAAGAGAGGUUACUUAGGGGAGCAGUGUGGCACAUUGGUCUAUCUACACUGUCAAUCAAUACAGACUGUAUCACUUAUCUAAUACACCUCUCCAAUAUUCUAUAUAUGCAACACAUCACCUUUUUUUUAAACAUGUAUUUAUCAAGUGCUAUUUAUUAUAGGAGGGAAAGUUGUUGAUUAGUUUGUUUCAGUCAUUACCAGUACAGGAAAUUGAGAAAUUUGUAGAAAGAAAUUGUGUAUUUCCUCAAAUACUUUCUUGCAAAAAUUUUGGAACUGUUAUGUGUGAUUUUUCUUUAAAGAAAUAUUCAGUGGCAUGAUGGCAUCACUACUAGUGCAGCACCUACAACUGUUCUAAGUCUUUCUAGUUUCCAUUAAACAUUAAAAAAAGUAGUUUGAAAUAUAAUUUUAUUUAUGGUUUUUUUAAGUAGAAUUAUGACACAAUAUUUUUACAGUUAGUCUAAUUUUUAUUAAAAUUUAAUUUUUAAUGUUCUAUGUAAAUACAUAGUACAGUGUAUAUUGUAAAUAAACAUGUUCUCUUACUCCCUUCCUCUUUUUCCUUCUUUGUAUAUAUUAUUUCAUUAUCUUAUACAUUUUCUUCUGUGCUGUACACACACACAUACACACACCUAGCAAUAUUUCAUUCUAUGUAUCACUAUACUGUCAGAUCUGUAUUUAUAUCUUACACAGUGUAUGCAGUCAUGUUACAGAUAUUGAUUUAUUGUGUAAGGAAGGAGUACUUUAUUCUUAAAAUUUUAUGAAGAAUCAUGAAUAAAAACAGUAAGCU